UCACAUCGAGCCACAAGGGCUCAGACCUGUCGCAACCGUUACGGGACACGUUCUUCACUCUCAGUCUCCCCUUCCCCCAUUUGCUCUGCUAAAAAACUUCACAACCGUUGUUAAUUCUUCUUCUCAACUCUUCUGCUUCAUUCAUCGUCGUUAAUCUUUGAGACCAGAAGCGAUACACAUUUAGAGAGAAUUCGUUGGUGGGUAGAAUAUAACUAGCAGACAAGGAAUUGCGGGGAGUUUAAUCGGAAAUGAGUUCGACCCUUUCGCGGUUGAUCCAUUCGAGAUCAUUGAUUCCCAAGUUAUAUACAAUGGCUGCUUCUCGGGGUGGGAGACCAUUUUCGACAGACUCUAAUAAGAUCGACGAACCCUUCAAGGUUGAGGAAGCUGAAACAGUCAAUGUUCCCCCACCUCCAACUGAGAAGUUGCUGGUGCUGGGUGGAAAUGGAUUUGUGGGCUCUCAUAUCUGUCUAGAAGCUCUAAAUCGUGGCCUUACAGUUGCUAGCCUUAGUAGGUCGGGUAGAUCAUCAAUACGUGAUUCUUGGGCUAACAAUGUUAUUUGGCAUCAAGGAAACCUGCUUUCACCUGAUUCAUUGGAUGAAGCUUUUGACGGUGUUACUGCUGUUGUUUCUUGCAUUGGUGGUUUUGGCUCCAAUUCUCAAAUGUACAAGAUCAAUGGGACGGCAAAUAUCAAUGCAAUCAGAGUUGCUUCAGAUAAAGGACUCUUACCGAGACAAUACCAAUGGCUCACAGGUGUGAAAAGAUUUGUCUAUAUCUCUGCUGCUGAUUUUGGCUUGGCUAAUUAUUUGCUACAGGGAUAUUAUGAGGGAAAGCGAGCGGCUGAGACAGAACUCCUCACUAAAUUUCCUUAUGGAGGAGUUAUUUUGAGGCCGGGGUUUAUUUAUGGGACUCGUAAUGUUGGGAGCGUAAAGUUACCUCUGGGAGUAAUUGGUUCUCCUCUGGAAAUGGUUCUUCAACACGCCAAACCACUACACCAGCUACCACUCGUUGGUCCCCUAUUUACUCCUCCGGUAAGUGUGACAUCGGUGGCGAGGGUUUCUGUUCGGGCAGCAACAGAUCCCGUCUUUCCUCCCGGCAUCAUUGAUGUCUAUGGCAUACAAAGAUACAGUCAACACAAGUCGAAAUAGAUCUGAUAAGAGACUUCAAGUUUGUGUAAUGGGUUGAAGAUGAAAGACGGUUCAUUUUCUUGUAUCUGGUGCAAAUAAUAUCAUGCAGAGAUCUGCAAAUUCAUUUGAUAAGGCAUUUUCUUUUUGCCUCUUUCCCUUAUAAUUUUGUGAUAGGAGAAGAAGUGUCCUGAAUGGGAAGUUCUUUUGGAAACUCAAAUUAACUGUCUAUGAUGCUAAUAUUAUGAUGUGUUCUUCCCUGUUGGACUUUAUCGCAAUAUAUUUGAUGCUACAUCUAAGGUAAUAAACAAAUGAGAAAACGGAAAAUGUAUGUUUUAAGGAUACGUCUUAAACAGCUAA